AGCAAAAAGCGAAAAGCGAAACGACAGCUGCGCUCAAAUGUUUUUCCAACUUCAAAGUAAAUAAACAUUGCAUCGCAUUUCACAGCAGCAGCAGCAGCAGGAGCAGCAACAGCAGGAGCAGGAGCAGGAGCAGCAGCUGCUCUACUCGACUGUCGGCAUGACAAAGGUCCGUCGGUGUCUAAGCGUGUCGCCAGGCCUGGUGAUUGAGAUACACAUCCUGCUGGUGGGCGUGGCGAUAUUCUUCCUGUUCGAUCUGUACAAUCAUGCCUCUCGGCGCAGCGUCGAGGGCCUCAACACGAGCAUAUCCCUGGUGGGUCUGUCACCCCGCGUGACGCUCGCGCGCGCCAUCACUCUGUGCAUCGUCAUCGUGAACAGCAUCCUGGGCAUGCGUCUCUCGCGCUCGAUGACCAUCUUCAAGUUCUUCGUCUACAUGCUGCUCGGCGCCUACGCCGCCUACUUGUCGCUGUCGAUCGCCAUGUCACGCUUCCUGUACGCGAACAGGUUUCGAUACUUCACGGACAUGAUGCUGCAGUACUUGUGGCACAAUGGCAGGUACAAGGAGAUUGAGCUGCUCUACGACUGCUGUGGCAUGCACGGCGUCAUAGACUACAUAUUGACCGAGCGCCCCUGGUCGAAGGACGUCUGCUGCGGCCUGCCGCUCUGCAAGGGCUGCGGGGAGCCCUUCUACGAGGACAUGAAUACCAUCGAGAGGCAAAUCGCACGCGACAACAUCGCCCUCUGCAUAGCCUCAAUCAUCGGCCUGGUCUUUGUGCUGAUACGCAAGAUGAGCGUGGUCAUUGUCGAGGAUCCGUACGAGUCCGAGUCCUCCGAUUACUCAGAGGACGACACCUCGGAGCUGCCGCCCCUGAGGUCCACCAGAAACCUGAAGAAGCGUAAGCAAACCAAGGGAACAUCCAAAAAGACUACAUUACCCGAGUCGGUGCUCUGAGGCAGCUCUACGGGCUAUUAGUAGCCUUAUUAACGACCCUUGGCUUGAUUUGCCCAAUUGAACUUUAAUUCAAUGUGUUCGACGACCAGACACUUUGCCCUACUCCCUCUCACUCUAUCUCUCUCUCUCUCUCUCUCUCUUUCUCCUUUGCUCACUCUAUGCGUGUUUUCUUGUUGCGCCUCAUUAAUCGAACUGGGCUUCAAAAUCGCAGCCACUUUCAGCUGUUGUUAGGGCAACGCUGCGCGCAUCUAAUGGCCGCACUUAAUUAGCUUUCAAAAUAAAAUGCUCUCUGGCUCUAUAGAUAUA